AUGGCAUCCGACUCGUCAGCCGGCGGCGACACCUCGCUUGGCCCGUCAAUGCUCAGCACGAGCACCGUCAACCUAUUUCUAGCCCCAGAUCUGAUUGGCACGGUCAUUGGAUGGUUCCUCUACGGUGUUCUGGUCCUACAGAUAUAUCACUACCGCAGAAGGAGACCAAUCGACCCUCUUGCGAUACGAGCGACAGUAUGGGGAGUAUUCAUGCUCGAGACGAUUCUGAGCGUCGUUGCAACCCGUGUUACCUAUGCUCUUCUCUGCGAGGCAUGGGGAGAUCCUCGCGCCUUAUUCAUGUUCACCGUCGCGGAUGCUUUCGUUCCCAUCAUAUCGGGACUUGUCUCAGGCUGGGUGCAGACCUUCUAUGCGUGGCGCAUAUAUGGUCUAAGCAAUCAUGCGCGUCCUUGGUCUGGUAUUGCCCUCCUCGUACUCUCGCUCAUGUUGACAUCGAGCGCAGCUGCACUCUACUCGGGAAUCAAGGCAGCUCAGCAACCUGACAUAUUUGCGCUCGAUGAUAGCAGGCCUAUAAUAUUGCUAUGGCUGUCAUCGACGUUCUGCUGCGAUACUAUCGUUGCCUCAAGCAUGAUCUUCAUUUUGCAUCGAAUGCGUCGACUUCUGGCUAUCGCAGAUAACACCGACAAUCCUUUCGAGACAAGGCUGACAAGCAUCAUAUUCAUGACGCUUGAAACGUGUCUACUUACCACAGCCUCGAUUAUAGUCAUGCUCGUGUUCUUCCUUACUCUCCCGCACAGCCGACUCCUUCCGAUGAUGGGUUUCGUCAUUUCCAAGCUCUACUCGAAUAGCCUGCUGGCCUCCCUGAAUUCGAGACCAGUUUCCAUCGACAGCGAAGAUGACUUUGACACCUCGCUACUAGAAACAUUCGUGGCCACCUCGCGCGCUGAUAACAACACUACAACCACGUCCCCUGCGAGCCCGGUGACCGUGGAGAUCGACUUUGAAGGGGGUCCAGAUUCCCUGAAGGGGACCCGUCGUGCACAGACUAUCAGUUGA